AUGAGACACAAAGGAAACCGAGGCUGGAAACGGGCAGCGUUUUGGCUGCUUUGUCUCUCUGGGUGGUGGAAAACAGUCGGAGCCCAGAUUCGCUACACCAUAGCGGAGGAAGUGAAGGAAGGAUCUGUUGUAGGAAAUAUCGCCAAGGACCUUGGCUUUGACCUCUCACACAUUGCAGAUCGUAAGUUACGAAUAGCUUCUGAGUCUAGUAGGCAGUAUUUCGGCGUGGAUUCAGAAAAAGGCGAGCUAACGGUCAGUGGGAGAAUAGACAGAGAGGCGCUAUGUGGGCAGAACGUAAAGUGUCUACUGCCCUUACAGAUCAUUAUAGAAGAGCCGUUACAGCUGCAUCGUGUGGAGAUAGAAAUACAGGACAUAAAUGACAACGCGCCCAGUUUUCAUACCAAAGAUGGUGUAUUGAAAAUAGCUGAAUCUGCAGCUGUAGGUUCGCGAUUUCCUCUUGAGAGUGCAGAGGACCCAGAUGUGGGCAAAAACAGCUUAAAGUCUUAUUCCUUAAAUACUAAUGAGCAUUUCCGUUUAAAUGUGAAAACCUUUGAAGGUGGUAGAAAAGUGCCAGAGCUAAUACUUGAUAAACCUCUGGACAGAGAGAAGCAGCCUGUUCACAAGCUCAUAUUAACAGCACUGGACGGUGGAGAUCCAGUCAGAUCUGGAACCACGUUAAUAAAGAUAAUUGUAGAAGACAGUAAUGAUAAUGAACCCCAGUUUGAGCUUCAAACAUACAAAGCCUCUGUACAGGAGAGCGCUGCUGUUGGUAUAACUGUGGUAACUAUCAAAGCUACAGAUUUAGAUGAAGGCAUUAACGGAGAAAUACAGUAUUAUUUCGGUGUGCAUACACCCGAGCAGGUCAGGAACGUCUUCAGUGUGAAUCCAGACACUGGUGAAAUUACUGUGAUUGGAAAAUUAGAUCACGAGGGAACCAAUUCGUACACAUUUGAUGUCUGUGCUAAAGACAAAGGGCAGCCAAAACUGGAGGGACAUUCCUCAGUUCAGGUCCUUGUUAUUGAUGAAAAUGAUAACCCUCCUGAGAUUAUACUCACAUCUUUACCCAACCCAGUGCCAGAAAAUGCUUCAGUUGGUACCGUUGUUGCUUUGAUUAACGUCAUGGAUUUGGACUCGGGGGAAAAUGGCAAAGUAGAUCUAAAAAUCCCCCCCAAAUUCCCAUUUAAACUGAAGCCCUCUUUUGAUAACCACUAUUCUUUGGUGACAGAUUCAGUCUUGGAUCGCGAAUCAAACCCAGAGUAUAAUAUUGAUAUCACUGCUACAGAUUCUGGCUCACCACCGUUGAAACACCGUAAAGACUAUAAAUGUUAAAGUUCUCGACAUAAACGACAACGCUCCUGUGUUCUCACAGCCUUCAUAUAACGUGUAUAUCAAGGAGAAUAAUGUAGCAGGUGC